CUCCCUCUUUCCCUCCCUCAGUCCGUCCCUUCCCCACACACCCCGGCCCCAGCCCCAGCCCAGGGCCCCCACAGUCCACAGCCCGCCAGUCUGAAGCCUCAGGACCCGGCCUGGCCCCGCAGGACGAGAGCCUGUGACGAUCAGCCCUAGGGACUGAGCCUCAAGGGACGGGGCUAGGGGAAGAGGCAGGCAUGCUGACCAUGGCUGGGAGCUGGCUGACCCAGAUCCUGCUGGGAUGGACAACACUGGUCUGCAUGACCCAGGCCCAGUGGGAAGGGGCCAUUCGGGCAGACAGGCCUGCUGGCUCUGAAGAGACACCAGCCUUAAGCCGGGUUCGAAGAAGAGGCUUUGACACUUUAAGAGGGCCAAAUGUCUGUGGCUCCCGCUUUCAUUCUUAUUGCUGCCCGGGCUGGAGGACCCUUCCCGGGGGAAAUCAAUGCAUUGUCCCCAUUUGCCGGAAUUCCUGUGGGGAAGGGUUCUGCUCCCGACCCAAUUUGUGUGCCUGUGCCAAUGGGCAGCUCUCCCCAAGCUGUGGUGCCAGUGGAGGAUUGUGCGAAGGAUGCUUUUGGUUAUCUCCUGCUUUGCAGCAGAUGCCAGAGUCCAGGCCAACCCUGCCCCCCCAUCUAGUUCUCCUAGGAAAAUGGGCUGUGUGUGACCAGAGUUGUCAGAAUGGGGGCCGCUGCAUUGGCCCCAAUCGCUGUGCUUGUGUUUACGGCUUCACUGGGCCCCAGUGUGAGAGAGACUACCGCACCGGACCUUGCUUCAGCCAAGUCAACAACCAGGUGUGCCAGGGCCAGCUGAGUGGCCUCGUCUGCACCAAGACCAUGUGCUGUGCCAGUGUGGGUCGUGCCUGGGGUCAUCCCUGUGAGCCGUGCCCUGCCCAGCCCCACCCCUGCCGCAGAGGCUUCAUCCCCAACAUUCGAACCGGGGCCUGUCAAGAUGUGGACGAGUGCCGGGCCAUCCCAGGCCUGUGUCAGGGCGGGAAUUGCAUCAACUCUGUGGGCUCCUUUGAGUGCCGCUGUCCUGCCGGUCACCGGCUGGGUGAAGCCACCCACAAAUGUGAAGAUCAGAGAGUGGGUACCUGCUUCUCUGCAUUACUGGGGGGCCGCUGUGCCGGAGAGCUGCCAGGCCAAGCUUCCAAGAGGCAGUGCUGCUGUGAAUGGGGCCGAUGCUGGGCUGUGGGCUCAACGCCAGAGAUGUGCCCCCAAAGGGGCUCCGAUGACUUUCGCCAGCUGUGUGUUGAGAGCCCUCCAGUGCUGCCUGCUUACCCUGGGCACUUCCCAGGCCUUCCAGGAUUUGGGCCUAAUGGUCUGGGCCCUGGCCUUACUGGGCCUGCUCGACAUGGUCCUCAUGGUACCAAUGGACAAGGUGCCCUCCCCAGCCUUCCUGGCCUGGGCCCUGGUAGCUCCAGCAUCGGCACAGCCACGCUGAAUCAGACCAUUGACAUCUGCAAGCAUUUCACCAACCUCUGCCUCAAUGGACGAUGCCUCCCGACCUCAUCCAGCUAUCGGUGCGAGUGCAACAUGGGCUACAAGCAGGACGUGCGUGGAGAAUGCAUUGAUGUAGAUGAGUGCUCCAGCAGCCCUUGUGUCCAUGGAGACUGUGUCAACACUCCCGGCUCUUAUCAUUGUAAAUGCCAAGAAGGCUUCCAGAGCACCCCCACCAAGCAGUCCUGUGUUGAUAUUGAUGAGUGUAUCCUAAAUGGUGGGAUGUGCCGUCAUGGGCGCUGCAUUAACACAGAGGGAAGCUUUCAAUGCAUCUGCAAUGCAGGCUUUGAGAUCACCCCAGAUGGCAAGAACUGUGUGGACCACGAUGAGUGUGCAACCACCACCAUGUGUCUCAAUGGUGUGUGUCUCAAUGAAGCUGGCAGCUUCAAGUGCCUGUGUAAACCUGGCUUCCUGCUGGCUCCCAGCGGUCGCUACUGCGUGGACAUUGAUGAGUGUGAGACGCCCGGCAUCUGUAUGAAUGGCUGGUGUAUCAACACGGAAGGCUCCUUCCGCUGCGAGUGUGUGGGCGGCCUGGCCAUUGGAGCAGACGGCCGGGUGUGUGUGGACACUCACAUGCGAAGCACCUGCUACGGUGCUAUCAAGAAGGGCACCUGCGCGCGACCCUUUCCUGGGGCCGUCACCAAGUCUGAAUGCUGCUGCACCAGCCCGGACCAUGGCUUCGGCGAGCCCUGCCAGCCCUGCCCAGCCAAGAACUCUGAUGAAUUCCAGGCUCUCUGCAGUAGUGGCCUUGGCAUAACAGCAGAUGGCAGAGAUAUCAAUGAGUGUGCCUUGAACCCUGACAUCUGCCCCAAUGGUGUAUGUGAGAACCUUCGGGGCAGCUACCGAUGCAUCUGCCACCUGGGCUAUGAGGCUGAUCCCCCCGGCAAGGAGUGUGUGGAUGUGGAUGAGUGUGCCCUGAACCGCCUCCUUUGUGAUAACGGGCUCUGCCGGAACACCCCAGGCAGUUACACCUGUACCUGCCCCACAGGCUUCACCUUCAAGACUGAAACGGACUCCUGUGAAGAUAUUGACGAGUGCCUGUCCAAUCCGUGUGUGAACGGGCUGUGCCGUAACCAUGCAGGCUCCUAUGCCUGUGAGUGUUCCCCAGGCAGCCGACUGGACCCUGCUGGCAACGUCUGUGUGGAUAGCAUGAAAGGCACGUGCUGGCUACACAUCCAGGAGGGCCGCUGUGAAGCCAACAUCAAUGGUGCCACGCUGAGGUCUGAGUGCUGUGCCACCCUAGGAGCUGCCUGGGGCAGCCCCUGCCAGAUCUGUGAGACAGACCCAGCCUGUUCCCGGGGUUUUGCUCGUAUGAAAGGCCUCACCUGUGAAGAUGUGAAUGAGUGUGAGGUCUUCCCGGGUGUCUGCCCCAAUGGACGUUGCCUCAACACUGCUGGCUCCUUCCGCUGCGAGUGUCCUGAGGGCCUGACCCUGGACAGCACAGGGCGAGUGUGCGUGGAUGUAAGGGUAGAGCAGUGUUUCCUGAAGUGGGAUGAAGAUGAAUGCCUUGCCCCUCUGUCGGGCAAGUACCGGAUGGACAUGUGCUGUUGCUCUGUGGGGGCCGCCUGGGGUGCUGACUGUGAGGCGUGCCCAGAACCCGGCUCCCCAGAAUUCGCCAUCAUCUGCCCUCGGGGCCCCGGCUUUGCCAGCAGGGAUUUCCUUUCUGGCAGGCCCUUCUACAAAGAUGUGAAUGAAUGCAAGGCCUUCCCAGGCCUCUGCACCCAUGGCUCAUGCAGGAACACCGUGGGCAGCUUCCGCUGUGUGUGUGGCAAUGGCUUUGCCCUUGAUGCUCAGGAGAGGAAUUGCACAGAUAUCGAUGAGUGCCGAAUUUCCCCUGACCUCUGUGGACAUGGAACCUGUGUCAACACUCAGGGCAGCUUUGAGUGCGAAUGCUUCCAGGGUUAUGAAAGUGGCUUUAUGAUGAUGAAGAACUGCAUGGAUAUCGAUGAGUGUGCUCAGGACCCGCUGCUCUGCCGAGGGGGGACCUGCAUAAACAGUGAUGGCAGCUAUCAGUGUCUGUGUCCUCCUGGCCAUGAGCUGUCGGUUGAUGGCAACGCUUGUGAAGAUGUUAACGAGUGCUCUCUCAGAGACAACCUGUGCCGGCACGGGCGCUGCGUGAAUGUCAUCGGCACUUACCAAUGUGCCUGCGACACCGGCUUCCAGUCUACCCCGGACCGACAGGGCUGUAUAGACACUGAUGAGUGCAGCGUGGGAAAUGGGGGCUGUGAGACUCACUGCACCAACACAGAAGGCAGUUACCAGUGCAGCUGUGGGGAGGGCUAUGCCCUGAUGCCCGACGGCAGGGCCUGCGCAGACAUCGAUGAGUGUGAGGAGAACCCAGACAUCUGCGACGGUGGCCAGUGUACCAAUGUGCCCGGCCAGCACCGCUGCCUCUGCUAUGACGGCUUCAUGGCCACCCUGGAUAUGAAGACCUGCAUAGAUGUGAACGAGUGUGAUCUGAAUCCCAACAUCUGUCUCCAUGGUGACUGCGAGAAUAGCAAGGGGUCCUUCAUCUGCCACUGCCAGCUGGGCUAUUUUGUCAAGAAGGGCACAACAGGAUGCACAGAUAUUGAUGAGUGUGCUGUUGGGGCCCACAACUGUGAUGCCCGGGCCUCCUGUGUCAAUGUGCCUGGCACCUUUCGCUGUAUGUGCCAGCCAGGCUGGGUUGGUGAUGGCUUCAAGUGCCAAGACCUGGAUGAAUGUGCCACAGAAGACCACGGAUGCCACAUAAAUGCAGACUGUGUGAACUCUCCUGGCUCCCACCGCUGUGUCUGCCGAGAAGGCUUCUCAGGGGAUGGCUUCUCCUGCGUGGAUAGGGAUGAGUGUGCUGACAACGUGAACCUUUGUGAGAAUGGGCAGUGUCUCAAUGCUCCUGGUGGUUACCGAUGCGAAUGUGAGAUGGGCUUCAACCCCACUGAAGACAGCAGAGCCUGCCAGGACAUCGAUGAGUGCACCUUCCAGAACAUCUGUGUCUUCGGAAGUUGUCACAACUUGGCUGGGAUGUUCCGCUGCGUCUGUGAUGACGGCUAUGAGCUUGACCGGAGUGGAGGCAACUGCACAGAUAUCAAUGAGUGUGCAGAUCCUGUCAACUGCAUCAACGGCUUGUGUGUCAACACCCCGGGCAGCUACUUAUGCAAUUGCCCCCAAGAUUUUGAGCUGAACCCCAGUGGUGUGGGCUGUGUGGAUACACGUGUUGGGAACUGUUUUCUGGACACUCAGGACCGAGGUGAUGGGGGCAUCUCCUGCAGUGCAGAGAUUGGAGUCGGAGUCACUCGGGCCUCCUGCUGCUGCUCUCUAGGUCGGGCCUGGGGCAACCCCUGUGAGCUCUGCCCUCCAGGGAACACAACUGAAUAUAAGACUCUGUGCCCUGGAGGAGAAGGCUUCAGACCCAACCCCAUCACAGUCAUCCUGGAGGACAUUGAUGAGUGUCAAGAGCUCCCUGGUUUGUGUCAAGGGGGAGAUUGCGUCAACACCUUCGGCAACUUCCAGUGUGAAUGUCCCCUGAACUAUUACCUCAAUGAAGAUACCCGCAUCUGUGAGGACAUUGAUGAAUGCUCCACCCAUGUUGGCAUCUGUGGUCCAGGGACCUGUUAUAACACCUUGGGCAACUACACAUGUGUCUGUCCCCCAGAGUACAUGCAGGUCAACGGUGGUAACAACUGCAUGGACGUGCGGAAGAGCGUGUGUUACCGGCACCACAAUGACACGUGUGAAAAUGAGCUGGCCUUCAACAUGACCAGGAAGAUGUGUUGCUGUUCAUACAACAUUGGAAAGGCCUGGAACCGGCCCUGUGAGCCUUGUCCUGCUCCAGCCAGCUCUGAAUACCAGAUCCUGUGUGGGAACCAGGCUCCAGGCUUCAUAAUUGAUAUCCACACAGGGAAACCCAUUGACAUUGAUGAGUGCAGCGAAAUCCCGGCCAUCUGCACCAACGGCGUCUGCAUCAAUCAGAUCGGCAGCUUCCGCUGCGAGUGCCCGGUUGGAUUCAGCUACAACAGUGUCCUGCUUGUUUGCGAGGACAUGGAUGAGUGCAGCAGUGGGGAGAGUCCAUGCCAACGCCACGCGGACUGCAUCAACAUCCCAGGCAGUUAUCGCUGCGAGUGUGCCCGCGGCUACAAGCUCUCCCCUAGCGGAGCCUGUGUGGGGAGGAAUGAGUGCCAAGAGAUCGCAAAUGUGUGUAGCCAUGGUGACUGUGUGGACACUGAAGGAAGCUAUGCCUGCAUAUGCCACCAAGGCUUUAAGGCCACUGCAGACCAGACUAUGUGCAUGGAUAUCGACGAGUGUGACCGGCAGCCGUGUGGCAAUGGGACCUGCAAGAACACCGUGGGCUCCUACAACUGUCUCUGCUUCCCCGGCUUUGAGCUCACACACAACAGCGACUGCAUGGAUAUUGAUGAGUGCACCUCCCUCACGGGGCAAGUGUGUCGGAAUGGACAGUGUAUCAACAGCAUUGGCUCCUUCCAGUGUCUCUGCCAUGAGGGGUACGAAAGGACCGCCGAUGGCAAGAACUGUGUGGACAUUAAUGAGUGUGUGAGUUUUCCUGGGACCUGUUCACCUGGGACCUGCCAGAACUUGGAUGGAGCUUUCCGAUGCAUCUGCCCACCUGGCUACCAAGUGCAGGAUGACAGCUGCAUAGAUAUCAAUGAAUGUGAGGAAGAGCCCAACCUCUGCCUAUUUGGCACCUGCACCAACAGCCCCGGGAGUUUCCAGUGCCUCUGCCCACCUGGCUUUGUCCUCUCAGACAAUGGACGACGCUGCUUUGACACUCGUCAGAGUUUUUGCUUCACUCGCUUUGAGAAUGGGAGGUGUUCAGUCCCCAAAGCCUUCAACACUACCAAGGCCCGAUGCUGUUGCAGUAAGAUGCCUGGGGAAGGAUGGGGGGACCCCUGCGAACUAUGUCCCCAGGAGGGCAGUGGUGCCUUCCAAGAACUAUGCCCCUUUGGCCAUGGGGCUGUACCUGGCCCAGAUGACUCACGGGAAGAUGUGAAUGAGUGCUCAGAGAACCCUGGCAUCUGUGUGAAUGGGGUCUGCAUCAACACAGAUGGCUCUUUUCGAUGCGAGUGUCCUUUUGGCUACAGCCUGGAUUACACUGGUGUCAACUGUGUAGACAUGGACGAGUGCUCAGUUGGAAAUCCUUGUGGGAAUGGAGUAUGUGCCAAUGUCGUGGGAGGCUUUGAGUGCACGUGUGAUGAGGGCUUUGAGCCAGGCCCCAUGAUGACCUGCGAAGACAUUAAUGAAUGCUCCCUGAACCCCCUGCUCUGUGCCUUCCGCUGCAUCAACACCAAGGGCUCCUAUGAAUGUACCUGCCCCUCGGGCUACGUGCUGAGAGAGGACAGAGUCAUGUGUAAAGAUCUGGACGAGUGUGCUGAGGGACUGCAUGACUGCCCUGCCCGGGGGAUGCUUUGCAAGAAUUUGAUAGGCACCUUCACCUGCAUCUGUCCUCCUGGCUUACAGCCCCGGGCCCAUGGUGAAGGCUGCACAGAUGAGAAUGAAUGCCGAACCCAACCUGGCCUCUGCUCCAAUGGCCGCUGUGUGAACACAGUGGGCAGCUACCACUGCGACUGCAAUGAAGGCUUCCAAGCUAGCCCCACAGGCACUGAGUGCCUAGACACCCGCCAAGGUUCCUGCUUCACCGAGGUAUUACAGACCACAUGUCAACUGUCCUCCACCAACCACAACCCGGUCACCAAAGCCGAGUGUUGCUGCGAUGGGGGCCGAGGCUGGGGCUCCCUCUGCGAGCUCUGCCCCCUCCCUGGCACUGCCCAGCACAGGAAGAUGUGCCCGCACGGUCCUGGCUACACCACCGAUGGCAGAGACAUUGACGAGUGCAAAGUUCUCUCCAAUCUCUGUCAAAACGGUCAGUGCAUCAACACCAUUGGCUCUUUCCGCUGCCACUGUGAGACUGGGUACACACCCGAUAUUGCGGGCACAGCCUGUGUGGAUGUGGACGAGUGUGAACAGUCUCCAAAGCCUUGUAACUUCCUAUGCAAAAACACAGAGGGCAGCUACAAAUGCUCCUGCCCCCGGGGUUACCUCCUCCAAGGAAAUGGCAAGACCUGUAAAGAUCUUGACGAAUGUGCCACCAAGCAACACAACUGUCAAUUCCUCUGCGUCAACACCGUUGGGAGCUUCACCUGCAAGUGCCCUCCUGGCUUCACACAGCAUCACCACUCUUGCCUCGAUAGUGACGAGUGUAUGACCCAGCCAGGCCUCUGUGGGGCCCAGGGGCAAUGUGAGAACACCCCGGGCAGCUACAGCUGUCAGUGCCAACGAGGAUUCUCCCUGGAUAGCACGGGACUCAGCUGUGAAGAUGUAGAUGAAUGCGACGGGAGUCACCAUUGUCAGCAUGGCUGUCGGAACAUGGUGGGCAGCUACCGCUGUGGCUGCCCCAACGGUUUCACCCCGCACUCCCAAUGGGACCAGUGUGUGGAUGACAAUGAGUGUUCCAGCCCCACUGCCUGUGGCUCAGCCUCUUGCUACAACACACUGGGCAGCUUCAAGUGCGUCUGCCCUUCUGGCUACGACUUCGACCAGGCCUUUGGGGGCUGCCGGGAUGUGGAUGAGUGCUCUGCAGGAGGCAGCCCCUGCAGCUAUGGCUGCUCCAACACCAAUGGGGGCUACCUGUGUGGCUGCCCAGGGGGCUACUUCCGUGCUGGACAGGGGCACUGCAUCUCAGGACUUGGCUUUGACAAGAAUUCCUACCUGCCAACCCUUGCUGAGGAGGAGGACGAAGAGAACCUGCUCUCUCCUGACACCUGCUACGAGUGCAAGAUAAACGGCUAUUCCCAGAGAAGCCGGCAGCGCCGACACGCCAAUGGGACCCAGAGGCACCAGAUGAGCCUGGCCAGUGUAGACACAGAAGCCCCAUUGGCCAUGGCCUUGAACCUCUCGAACGUGGGCCCCAGAGAGCAUAUCCUGGAGCUGCUGCCCGCAUUGGAGGCCCUGGAGAAUCGGGUGCUAUACAUUAUUGCUCACGGCAACGAGGGAGGCUUCUUCCGCAUGCAGCACAAGGAGGGCCUCAGCUACCUCCGUCUGGGUCGCAAGAAGCCUUACCCUGGUGCUUACCAGCUGGAGGUCAUGAGUGUGCCCAGGCCACCAGGGGAUGAGCUGGGAGAGCAGGCUGGGGAGGGAGGCCAAGCUCUGAGGCUGAAACUGCAGCUCCAACUCUACUAGCAUGGAGGCCCCAGGCCCCAGCCCUGACCCUGACCCUAAUUCUGACUCCCUUGGCCCACAUUAUCCAUGUCCCCUCCUUCUCUAUUCACACACACACACACACACACAAACAUGCACGCGUGAACACACAUGCACACACAAACACACGCGUACACACACACCCCUGUGAAUCCUGGGCAUUGCCCCCCUUUACUCCAUACUGUGUUUCUUGCCUGAGCACCAUCCUUCCCCACUACACACAGUGUAGCCUAACGCCUCCUGCUCUCUCUCCCACCUGGCACAGCCACCCCCUUUAUUCAACCCUGUUCUUUCUCUAUUGGCCACUGCCUUCACCCCGGAGACCCCAAACCACCCGGUCUCCCUCUUCCUAGCAGAGGCUGCCUUGGGUUGUCUGGAGAGAGGAAAGAAGCAAGAGGCCAGCCCUGCCCACCUUGCUGGAAGCUGUAGCUAUGGAGACUCGGGAAGGGGGAAGGGGAGGGAAUCUCAUAUUCCAUUUCUUUGGGAAUGUGGAUCCAGUCACCUGCAAGGAGGAAAAAAGGCAGGUCUUUAAGAUCCACCUAGCCCAGGCUCUGCUUUUUUCUUAUCUUGGUGCUUCUCCCCCAGUAUUCUCCACUACCACCACUGGACAUCAGCCAUGAGAUCCGGGAGUUCUGAUUUCCUGAGCAUCACUGCCGUCCCUCAGACAUGCACACACCCACCCAGUCCCCUCUCCUUCCAGAGGUCCCAUCCACCUCCCAUGUCUCAGCAGUCUGCCCCUUCAUCCUAAUCCAACCUGUGUUUACUGUAUCUUGGUUUAUUCUCAGACUUGAAAAAUGUCUGUAUCGCACUGAGGCCGGCCCCAGGGAGUCAGAGGGUCAGGGGUCGGUUUCUGAGGGAGCUUCAUUCAGACCGAAGGAGCUUCAUGUGAAUGCCAGUCCUGGGAGCUCCUCAAGGCAGCUGGGGGUAGGGAUCGGGGCA